AUGGUAAACAUUGGUGGAACUCAAGAAAAAUGUACUGCAUGUGCUAAAACUGUAUACUUAACAGAAAAGAUUGUAGUUGAAGAUAAAGAAGAUAAGAAAACUUUCCACAAAUUAUGUUUAAAAUGUACUCACUGUAAGCUUACAUUAAGUCUUGGUAACUAUGCAUCAUUAAAUGGUGUAUUCUAUUGUAAACCACAUUUCAAACAAUUAUUCGCCACCAAAGGUAACUACGAUGAAGGUUUCGGUAAAUCAAAACAUUCUGAAAAAUGGACACCACAAGCCACCCCAACUGGUACUUCUUCAUUCAUUCCAGUUGAAGAAUCAAAAUCAUCAGAAAAGAAAGAAACACCAACAACAAUUUCAUCAAAAUUCUCAGGAUCAACUGAAAAAUGUAAUCUCUGUAAUAAGACAGUAUAUUUAACAGAAAAGAUUGUUGUUGAAGAUAAAGAAGAUAAGAAAGUAUUACAUAAACAAUGUUUGAAAUGUACACAUUGUAGUGUUGUAUUAAAUCUUGGUACCUAUGCAUCAAUGAAAGGUGUAUUCUAUUGUAAACCACAUUUCAAACAAUUAUUCGCCACCAAAGGUAACUAUGAUGAAAGUUUUGGUAACAACAAAGCCACCGAUAAAUGGGCACCACAAACCAACACUGCACCAGCUUCAUUCGUUCCAUUAGAAAAGACUGCAACCACUGAAAAGAAUACCAACCAAUCAUCAAACCCAGAUAUUGCCAAGAAAUUCUCAACUGGUAGUUCAGAGAAAUGUCACGAUUGUCAAAAAUCAGUUUACCUCACAGAGAAAGUCGUACUUGAGGAAUUGGAAAACAAGAGAAUCUUCCACAAGGCUUGUUUGAAAUGUAGUAAAUGUUCAGUCAUUCUCACCUUGGGUACUUUGGUUCAAUUGGAUGGUGUUAUCUAUUGUAAACCACACUUUAAAGAACUCUAUGCCACUCAAGGUAAUUUAGAUGGUGGUUUCGGUAAACCAAAACACUCUGAAAAAUGGGAAAAUAACCCAUUCCCAUAUUUAGAAAAGGAUAGCAGUUAUGUACCAUCCGUUGAAAAGGUUGAAUCUCAAAUGAAUAAUGCUUCAUCUGAAUCUGAUGUUGAUAGAUUUAAAAAUAUUAACAAUGAUGAUUCUGAUAAACCAAGAAGACAACAACAACCAGUUUCUCAACCAGAAGAAGAACAACAACAACAAGAAGAAGAAAAAGUUGAAGAACCAAUCUCUGAAGAAGAAGAAAAAGUUGAAGAAAAAGUUGAAGAACCAGUCGCUGAACAAGAAGAAGAAAAGGUUGAGGAACCAGUUGUUGCUGAAGAAGAAAAAGUUGAAGAACCAGUUACUGAAGAAGAAAAAGUUGAAGAACCAGUCGUUGCCUCUGAAGAACCAGUUGAAGAAGAAACAAAAGCUGAAGAAGAAAACUAA